AUGACAAGCCGACGGACCAUCCUAAGCCGAUCUUCAGCACUGGAGCCGCGCCAAUCAGUCGCCACCGGAAUAAGAUGUGAGGGGACAAGACGAGGCAGGAGAUUGACAUCAGCCCACCACAAAACCUUGUUGGAUCUGUGCAUGUCAAACAAGUCCGGUGAGAUGCUUGCGAAUCACAAAAAGCGCUUUUGGAAGCAUAUUUCAGCCCUCCUUCUCCCGAAAACUGGUCGACUCUACUCAUGGCAAUCCUGCCGUCGCCAAGCCACGAAGUGGGAAUCCCAGCAAAGCCAUGCUCAAAACCUACCUCGUGACACUGCUGCUGCGCCAGAGAUCCGAUUUGAAGCUCCCGGGCCUCCAGCGCCUCAUGGCUCAAUAGCUCUGCCUCCCAUCUCUCACCUGAAUCUCUGUGUCUUUUGGCCUGCCUGGGAACCCCCUCUUGAAGACUCGAGCGAUGAUGAAAUGCUUCCCGCGGUCAAUCUGCCUCCCGUACGCACUCGAAGUCAUCAGGCAUCAACUCUUGAGACUUUCCACAGCGACCUGAACUCACCAGUCUUGACUGCUAUGCAAAACUUUGAGGUGCAGCUUCGAGUGCUCACUUCCACACUCGCCGACCAAAAUAUACAUGUCCUUGCCAUUGAAAAUGCGUUUCAAAAUUUAAAACUCGAAAUAUCGAACUCGUCAGUGACACACAAUGAAGGGCCUUGA